AUGGUCGACCGCUGGGACGGAAAUUCGGAUUAUGCCCUCACACCUGGUAAUUUCGCUCGCACGCCCGCCACCGUCUACUCUCCUAGCCCUGCCCCAGAGUGUGCCACAGACCAACUGCAGCCCGAUUAUCUGGACUUUCUACCGUUGGUUGAAUGGGAAGAGGGUGGCGAAUAUGAACAGCUGCCACCGAGAUAUGUCUCGUACACAAUUGCAUGGAGGCUUAUACUCAACCGUAAAACGGUAGGCAAAGUACCUGAGGAAGACCUGGUUAUACCUCCCGGCAAUUACUGGGAAAAGAGUUUGCAAGCAAACGUUGAAAAUAUGCUGCAAACAAAAAAGAAGCGUCACGAGCGAGUAAGAUCAGAAGGCACGGCCGUUACGGUCAAAGUGAACGAACGGUCGCAAGCAUAUGCGAUGUGUUGUCUGCUGGUGUCCGUAUAA